AUUAUCUCUGAAAAAUGCGACCAGUUUUAGUAUAGUUUUUUUCCUGUUUUCAUACACAUUUCAAGAGAUAUCUUCAAAACUAUGUAGGUUACCAAUUUGGGGUUUUCGGUUGCCUCUUCGCUAUUAAAUUGACUUUUAUUUUGUAUUAGUAUUUUUUGCUAAUUCAUUCUACAAUGACAGAAAACAGCUAAUGAACUCAAAAGUUUUUUCGGCACGCUAGAAACAUAUGGAAAGCAUAGGAAAUGUCAUGCCCCUGGUUAAUUCAGUUAUGCCAUUUUUUACUGCUCAAACUUUGCAAAAAAAGUUUAAUAUUGGAAAACUGGUAGAAUAAGUGAUAUUACAUCAUAGGCGUAUAUGUACGAAAUGUUCAUCUGGACAAUACCUACAACAUAUUUAAAAUAAGAGAAAUUCUUUAGGAAGUUUUGGAUAUAUACCAAAAGCAUUUAUUUUUAGUAAAGAACUGGAGGAGAGAACGAAAAAUAAUAGACUUGGUAAUGAUCCUAGAAUUUACUUAUGGGAGGAUCCUUCAAACAAUUACAAUUUGCUAUCUCUCAUCGUUAAACACCUAAAUCAGAUGGAAAAUAAAGCACGGACAAUGAGAAAUUUCUAAGACUAGUUCCUCAACUUACCAUCGUAGCUGGACUCCAAUAUUAGCACUGAAUGUUUACAUCAGUUCAUACAAGAGAUAUUUUCUGGUAUACAAAACAUUUACUUUAAGACUGUAACUAAUUCUCAAUAUUUUCCCAAACGUGCGACUUUUUUGGGACAAAAAUUUUAUUCAAAAAUGCGACUUAGUUUGAUACGAAGGGAGUAGUAUUUUAAUAAAAUAGGAACACAAUAAACAUUUAUGUAAUCUUUGAUUGACAUUGAUUGAGAUUGAGAUUGGAUUGUCCCAAAAUCGGGUUUUGGGACAAUUUAGACUCAAUCUGAUACGGCAAUAUAAACUGUUUCAUUGAAGCCAAUUACACCCCGUAUUAGACUGAUACUGAAUUGUCCCAAAGUCUGAUUUUAGGACAGUUUAAUCUCAAUCUAAUGCCCAACGCACAAUAACUUUUGUUUGUAAACAUGUUUACAAAAUUUUCUAUGAGAGAGAGCGAGAUAACUAUAGAUCUAGAUUUCAUUCACUCUCACUGAAAUGUCAAAAACAUGUUUACAAAACAAAAGCGAUUGUGCGUUGGGCAUAAUGUGGCGGUGUAAAUAGCCUCAUUGAUUUUAAAUCAAAAUAAUAUACCUAAUUAUAUUUGUGUAGAUUAAGUGAGGUCAUUCAUAAAAUUUCAUCCGAAAUGAAGUCAAAUGUAAUUUUACGCCAAGUUACGCACGUGAUUUAUUACGUGAUUGGGGAAUUCCGAUUUGUAAGUAACUUUUUUUGUUGUUUUGUAGUAAUUUAUAGUGCAAAUAGUAAUUAGAAUUACUAUGAAGUCAUUCAUCAGGAACAACGUCAUAUUAUUCCUAGAAUCCUAAAAUUUUAUUCCAUGGUAAAAGAUGUGCCCGUCGGUUGUGCAAUGGGGAAAGACAGAGGGGCGUAUAUACUGUGUAGACUGUGUAGUAACGUAUGAUGGAAAAUUUGUAAUUUUUUUUAACUCUUUCCCGUAGUGGUUUUAAAGAAAAAUUGAUGAUGAAGUGAUAAAAAUCACGCAAUAUCCGGAAGUUAGUUGAGAAAUGAGGACAAAAUUGCCCUUUCCGGUUGAAUUUCCCAUAUUUCUCUGGUAGGCUAUGCUGUGGGAAUUUCAUGGAAUAAGAGUUUUUCGCGUUAAACUGUUAACAGUGUAUGACGUGGUUAGUUCUUCUCUCUUUGACGUUGUUCUCUUAUACAUUGCAUUCUCAGAAAAUAAUAAUCUAUGAUGGUAAUAAAGUCUGGUUUUCUCAUUCUAACCCAAGGUGGUUUAAAUUGUGACGAAAGAGGUCGGCAUGAGAGAAGAGAGGGUUUUUAGUAUAAAUAGAGGCUUGAUUUUGAGUAUUUUAUGUUUGUAUAUGUGCAUGGCUUAAGGGGAAUUUUAGAUUUUCUCUUGUGUCUCUCUCAAUUUCUCUUCGGUUCUCGUACGGAAUACCAACCGAGUUUGUCGAUCGGGCAGUUUUUAUCGAAGGGCCGUUGUGUUCAGAAGUGCUGCUACGUUCAGCGCUUUCUCUAAUUAUAUAAAAAAAAUAUUUUUAAAAUAUAAGACAUAGGAAAAAACUGACUAAUUAUUCUGGAAACAAAUACAAGUAAUCUAUUUAUUUAUAUGAUAAUUAUCGAGAAAUCUUAAGUGUUUUUUUGACUAUCAAAAAGAACUGUGUAAUUUGUGUGUCAUUCAUUUCCUUCUUUUGUGUGAAAAUCGUCAAUUUUUCAAACCAGUAUCGUCCCCGUUUGCACACCAAGUGUAAAACCGUCAAAGAAAUUUUGUGCUGCCACAUUUUUUUUCUAUAGUAAAUAAUCUCCUAUAUACGGAAGUAAGUCGGAUUUGUAACUUCGAAGUAAUAGCAAAUAUUAACAAAAAAAAAAUCAAGUGUGUACGUGAAAAGCCAAUUGUGUUCAAAAUUUAUCGAGAUAUAGAAAAAAAGUACUUUGAGAGUUAUAGGCAUAAUGUCUUUUUUUAAAAUAAAUUCUCAACGAGAAAUAGAACAUGAUAGACAAAAGUGUUUGGUGGGUUGAUUUUAUCACCAUGUCUUCAACACCUGUAUCCAAAGCCUUGGACAUUCUGUGUGUAGUGUAAUUAACUUUUUGAAAAAGAAGCAAAAACCAAGCAUUUUAAGCGUGAAUGUGUUACAAUUAAAAAAAAAAUAAGGCAUCAAGUGAGGAAAGGAGAAAGAAAUUGAGGAAAUAGCAGUGAAAACGAAGCUACAAGAGGGAAGCAAAGGGCGAUCAAGGCAUUCCAGCAGUUGCUGUAUGUCUGUCCGGACUUUGCACGUGCCAAUGAAGUCCACCUGCGCCUGGGGCUUAUGUUUAAAGUGAAUGGUGACUACGAAACAGCAUUGAAACACCUGCAACUUGCCUAUUUGGAUUCAUCCUCACCUACAUUAUCGUCAAAACUUGAAAUUCGUUUUCACAUUGCCCAUCUGUAUGAAGUGCAAUCAAAGCAUAAGGCGGCGAAAGUGGCGUAUGAGCAGUUACUUAACGAAAAACAGCUGACACCGCAACUAAAAGCAGAUAUUUAUCGGCAGAUAGGAUGGAUGUACCAUUCAAUUGAUACAUUGGGAGAGAAGCGCACACGUGAAACAUUUGCUAUACAUUACCUGCAGAAGUCAAUUGAAGCAAGUCCAACAUCGGGUCAGUCACUGUAUCUACUGGGUAGGUGCUUUGCUGGGCUCAAUAAAGUGCACGACGCUUUUAUAGCAUAUCGGAAUUCAGUGGAAAAGAGUGAGGGUAACGCAGACACAUGGUGCUCCAUUGGGGUACUCUAUCAGCAGCAGAAUCAACCUAUGGAUGCACUACAAGCCUACAUAUGUGCUGUACAAUUGGAUAAGUCACAUAAGGCAGCUUGGACGAAUUUAGGCAUAUUGUAUGAGAGUUGUAGUCAACCACGGGACGCAUUUGCUUGUUUUUUGAAUGCCACAAGGACACAACAGACACAGGAGGCAGCAGUAGCGGUUGUGGGAAGUAUUGUAGGUGGCAAUCAGCAGCAACAGCAGCAGCAACAAGGACAGGGACAGGGACAAGGGCCAGUGGUGGGAAAGUUAAAUAAUUUGCAGCAGAGGAUCAAAUUUCUGCAGUCCCAACUGGCGCACGCUCCUAUGCCGAGUAUAACGUCCAAGAGGCGCCAAUUGCCCUCAAUUGAGGAGGCGUGGAAUUUACCAAUAUCUGCAGAGAUGAGUUCACGCCAGCAACAACAGCAGAGUGCUCAAGCCAAUCACCAUCAGAGGCAAUUUCAGAAGACCCCAACUGCUGGACAACAGCAAGUUAUUGUGGGUCCUCCACCGCCAUAUCCCAAUGCUCAGGCACCUGGGGCACCUAUUGCGUCCAAACGCUUCAAGACGGAUGACGUCCAGAGACGUCCCGGACAACCAUCAUUUUACCUAACACAGCAACAGCUGCAGAUGUUGCAGUAUCUGCAGCAGAAUCAAGCAAAUCUACCAUUGCAUCAGCAGGAACUGCUGCAACAGCUAACACAGCAGUACAGGCUAAUGCAACAGCAUCAGCAGCAACUUAGACUUCAGCAACAGAGAGCUCAGCAGACUGGUGGACAGCCAGUUACUCGUUCCUUUCCUGGGCAACAACAAACCCCUGGGAAUGGAACGAAUUUCCAGGCACAGCAAAGGACACCACCGUCCGGAACAGUAGCUCAGACAGGUUUUGCCGACAGCACAGGCAACUUCCCAGCUGCUACAGGACAUACCCAGCCUGCUGCAGGGAUGCCCUUCAAAGCAGCUGCCGGAGGUCAAGCUACCACUCCAACUACAUCUUUCCAUCAGGACUUUGUGGCUUCUUCAGCUUCUCCAACCAUCACCACCAGCCAAUCGGAUUUGGGCGUGACGGAUCAAGAGCUCAGGGCCAUUCUAGCCCAGAGAGAUAUUGCAACGACUCUUGCGGAAAAUCUGCUAAAACAAUUCGGUUCGGAAGACAUUGAUAUCAAGGAGGAAGUUCCCGAUGUGCCCACUUCUGUUGCACAGACGUCAGUUUCUGUUGUGGCAGAUAGCACAACAAAUCCACAGAAGUCACCUCCGAUGAAGUGUGAAGUGACAUCAACGAGCAAUUCAGUGAAGAAUAUCAUUCCAAAGCGAGAGAUUAAGAUGGAGCCAGUGCUGAAGAUUGAGAAGCUCUUUGAGGGUGAUCAGAAACCGAGGUUCUCCAUUGAGAUGGAUUCCAAGCAGAUUUCUGAAAUGUGCAAAUCGAUGGAUUCCAAGCAACCUCCACCUCCGUGCUGUAUUCUGGCUCCGGACACUCCACCCCCGUGUCCGCCAGACUGUCCGCCGCAGCGUCUGUCGCGUGAACAGCUGCAGCCACCAACGCCAUCGGUUCACUUGGAGAAUAAGAAACACGCCUUCAGUCCGCAACUGCAGGAAUUUUGUCUGAAGCACCCAAUUGCUGUGAUAAGAGGCAUGGCGGCAGCUCUCAAACUAGAUUUGGGGCUGUUUUCCACCAAGACACUCGUGGAAGCAAAUCCAGAUCAUAGUGUUGAGGUCAGGACGCAAAUGCAUCAAUCAUCAGAUGAGAAUUGGGACAUUGGGCAGGCUAAGAGAGUGUGGGCCUGCAUUUCGCAUCGAUCGCAUACAACCAUUGCAAAGUAUGCCCAAUAUCAGGCGUCCAGUUUUCAGGAUAGUCUAAAAGAGGAACGUGAUAAAACCGCUGGAAUACACAAUUUUUCAGAUUCAGAUUCCAAAGAUUCCCUAAGCAAUAAUGGUACCAAUGGAAAGAAGAAGAAGCUCAAGAAUAAUUCUAAAACUCUCAGAUUUGGGACGAAUGUUGAUCUCUCGGAUGAGCGUAAGUGGAAGCCCCAGCUGCAGGAAUUGCAGAAGUUACCGGCUUUUGCACGGGUCGUGAGUGCUGCCAAUAUGCUGUCGCAUGUUGGUCAUGUGAUUCUGGGCAUGAAUACGGUGCAAUUGUAUAUGAAGGUGCCGGGUAGUCGGACACCUGGGCAUCAGGAGAACAACAACUUCUGCUCCAUCAACAUCAACAUUGGGCCAGGUGACUGUGAGUGGUUUGCCGUGCCCGAUGCGUAUUGGGGUGGGAUUCAUGCACAAUGUGACAAGAAUAACAUCAAUUAUCUGCACGGAUCAUGGUGGCCAGUACUUGAGGAUUUGUACAAGGCCAAUAUUCCAGUCUAUAGAUUUAUUCAGCGACCUGGUGAUCUCGUUUGGGUGAAUGCUGGAUGCGUUCACUGGGUUCAGGCCAUUGGAUGGUGCAAUAAUAUCGCAUGGAAUGUGGGUCCACUAACUGGGCGUCAGUAUCAGCUGGGUAUUGAGCGGUAUGAGUGGAAUAAGUUGCAGAGUUUCAAGAGUAUCGUGCCAAUGGUUCACCUUAGCUGGAAUUUGGCUAGAAAUAUCAAGGUGUCCGACCCUAAACUCUUUGAAUUGAUCAAAAAUUGUCUGCUGCAGACGCUGAAGAAUGUCAUGUUGACGUUGGAGUAUGUCAAGACGAAGGGAAUUGAAGUGAGAUUCCAUGGACGUGGAAAAAAUGAAGCUUCCCACUAUUGUGGGCAAUGUGAACUCGAGGUGUUCAAUGUUCUGUUCAUUCGGGAGCAGGAAAAGCGUCAUGUUGUUCACUGUAUAGGCUGUGCUCGGAAACAGACACCUUCACUGCAAGGCUUUGUCUGCCUCGAGGAAUAUCGAUUAAGUGAACUGACACAGGUUUAUGAUGCUUUUAUACUGCAUCCGCCACCGCCCCAACCAAUUGUAGCUCCCGUAGCUCAAGUUGUAGCCACAACGUCAUCGUAACAGCUGGAAUUUGAUGACGGACUCUUGGAGAUGAUGGACUCCAAUUGAUAAAGUGUAUGUAUAUUUAAUUUCUUUUUUUAUAUAAAAAAACCAUAUUUUCUUCUCUCUUUACUCGGAAAAAAAAAGAUUAAAAAAACGGACAAGAGUAGAGCAAAAUAUAAAAGAGAAAAAAUCUAUUGAUAAGAAAUUUUCUUCAAAGAUGAAAUUAGAACGUAUAUUCUUCAUUGUGUCACGUAAUUUUUAAGAGCUAAUUUAUUGUGUCUUCUCUCAUUGAUAAUCUUUAGAUGUGAAUAUGAAUUAUCGUGGUAAAUAACUGAUAUAUCUCUUAUUAAUUAAAAGAAGAAAAAAGUAUAAGUAAUAUAAAAGAAAUCAUCAUCUUUUUUUUCUGUUAAUAAUUUAUUAGUGCGAGCGUGAGUGAGAAUAAUCUUAAGGUAGGACACGAUUUAAAAAGUAAAUUUAGUGAGAGAAAAAAAAAAACAGAAAAAAGAGUAAAGAAUGAACAAAAAUAUUCGCAAGAAUUAAACAACUUAUUUAUAUUUGAAAAAAUUUCCUAGAUAGUAAGAUAUGUCCAUUUUAUUACCUCAUGAAAAAAACUAUAUAUUGAGACAUUCGGGAAGGAUGUUAGUAAAUUAGUCACACCAUUAUUUUCUCAGAAAACAAAAGAAGUAAUUAUUAAAUAAAAAAAAACUGAACAUAAUUUUUAAGGGGCAAAAGAAUUAAAAAAAAAACGUACGAUCAUUUUAGGCAAGAGUAA